CGGUGAUUUACGCGCAACGCGACGCGCAACGCCGCCCGGGCAGCUGCGGGCAUCUUAGGCGUGGUCCCGGGACCGUCUCCCACGCGCGGUCGCAGCCCGGAGUCCUGCCGCAAAGAAGGGGCUGCCCAGCAAGGCCAUGGCCGACCGGUACCGCGGCCCGCCGCCGGGCAUCCCCGGCGUCACGGCGCCCUGCCAGGUGCCCAUUUCCUCAAAAACGCGGCGCCAUCGACGGACGAGUCGCGAGCCGGAGCGACGCUGGGGCGACGGGCCGCAAAAAAUGCUCGCGCCGGUCAACUGGACGGGGCACGCCUGUCCCCAGAUCGCGGACUGCGCGACGGUGCAGGAGCUCCUGAAAUUGGUCCCGGACGCCGCUCCCGAAGUCCUGGAACAGGUCAUGAAGGUGAUUUUGGACCGCGCCGCGAGCGGUUUCGGGAGAGACCCCGAAUGUAAAUGCGGCGGCUGGCGGACGUCGGUGUUUCGGGAUGCGCUGGCGCAGAUGGACCACCCCCUGCUCAAAGUUUGGAGUGAGGAGGGCUGCGAGCACCAAGGCAACGACCCGUCAUUACCAGAACUCGAGGAUUUAAGGCGCGGCGGCAUCGCGGACGCCGUAUUAGCGUGCGCGCAGCGACGGGACAAGGGCUUCGCUGUCGUAGGGUUGUACAUCGCGUAUAUUGUGGCGCUGCCGCCGGCUUUAUUACAUCACGGCGCGCACGGCAACUUUUCCAAAAUGGUGCGCCUCGCCGUCGGCUCCGUUUCAACAGAAGAGGCGGCGCGGAGCGUCGCGGCCCUCGAACAUCUGGAUCGCAUCUGCCUCGAGACGCGGCCGGACCGGCUCGACUGCCGGCAGUUAUAUGUGGACGCCGUCGUCGCGGCGCGGCAGGGGCGCGUCGUCCGAGGCGCGUUGAAGCGGGGGUCCAUCGUCUUGCCGUUCUGCGACGGGUGCGGCCGCCGCGUCGAGGCGGCGAGGCGGUGCGCGCGGUGCAAGCACGUGUUUUAUUGUAGCGUGGAGUGCCAGAAGGCCGCGUGGGCGCGGCCCGUCGCCGGCCACGCGCGGACCUGCGCGGCGUUGGGGGAUCUCCAGAAGCGGGCCGGGACCAUGACGUUCGGCCUCGACAAAAUGGUCUGCGCGGAGUGCGACUUCGGGCCGACGACGCCGGAUCUGCUCCGGUGGCACUGCACGCUGACGCAGCACCGGCGGUGGCCGGAGCGGGACUUCAUCCGCUACGAGGACGAGUCUUCGGACUCGUCGGGGUGCGGGUCGGACGUGGAGUAAGUUGCUGUUUUUGUUUA